CUGCCGUCUCUCGGUGAGUUGCAGCCAAUGCAGCGAACAGAUUUAGUAAAUAUUCCGCUAUGAGGAUCAUGCAAACAGCCAGAUUAACAAUGUUCGCAUAACUUGGCCCCAGCCUUGAGUUCAGCAGUGGACGUGGGCGAAGAGACCGCAGCAACAAACGGGAAACUCUACUGUCAGCUGGCCGGGAAAACCGACCACACCAGCCGGCUUCCGGGGAUUGAGGGGCCGCAUCGGUUGACGGCAGACGUCGGUCGGUAGCUCGGGGGGAGUGAGGGCGAACAACCACAGCAUCGCCGACAUCCACCUCUCCAUUUCAGCCACUUUCGAGAUGUCAAGAAAGCUACAAAGGACAGAAGUCUGCGCCGACUGCAGUGCGCCAGACCCGGGCUGGACCAGUAUCAACCGAGGGGUCCUGAUCUGUGAUGAAUGCUGUUCAGUCCACCGCAGCUUAGGACGCCAUAUCUCCAUAGUCAAGCACCUGAGGCACAGCGGAUGGCCUCCCACACUACUGCAGAUGGUUCAAACCUUGGCCAGUAACGGGGCCAACUCCAUAUGGGAACACAGUCUCCUGGACCCUGCUCAGGUACAGAGCGGUCGUAGGAAACCCAACCCCCAGGACAAAGUCCACCCCACUAAGUCAGAGUUCAUCAGAGCCAAAUACCAGAUGCUGGCCUUUGUACACAAGCUGCCCUGCCGGGAUGAUGAUGGCGUCACUACCAAGGACCUCAGUAAGCAACUUCACUCAAGUGUACGGACGGGGAGUUUAGAGACGUGUCUUCGGCUCCUGUCCCUCGGCGCCCAGGCCAACUUCUUCCACCCGGAGAAAGGCACAACCCCGCUGCAUGUGGCGGCCAAGGCAGGCCAGAUCCUGCAGGCUGAGCUGCUAGUGGUGUACGGUGCAGACCCCGGUGCACCUGACAUCAACGGACGAACACCUAUGGACUACGCAAGGCAGGCGGGCCAUAUAGAGCUAGCAGAGCGGCUGGUAGAGUGUCAGUACGAACUGACGGACAGACUAGCUUUCUACCUUUGUGGGCGGCGCCCAGAUCACAAGAAUGGCCAUUAUAUCAUUCCUCAAAUGGCAGACAGAGCUCGUCCUAAGUGCCCGACACAGAGUCUGGACCUGUCAGAAUUGGCCAAGGCUGCCAAGAAGAAGCUCCAAGCGUUAAAUAAUCGGCUGUUUGAGGAGCUAGCGAUGGAUGUCUACGAUGAAGUAGAUCGCAGAGAAAACGAUGCAGUGUGGCUUACGACCCAGAACCACAGCACUCUGGUGACAGAACGCAGUGCGGUGCCCUUCCUACCAGUCAAUCCCGAAUACUCUGCCACACGCAACCAGGGCCGUCAAAAGCUGGCCCGCUUCAACGCCAGGGAGUUUGCCACACUCAUCAUCGACAUCCUGAGUGACGCCAAAAGGAGACAGCAGGGAAAAGGUCUCAGCAGUCCUACUGACACAUUGGAUCUGGGCAUUGAUGAUGACCAGCAUGACUAUGACAGUGUAGCCUCGGAUGAAGACACAGACAGCGAGCUGACCACCCAGAACAACAACAACACGCAACGCAGCAACCGUGCAAAGAGUAUGGACUCAUCAGACUUGUCAGAUGGCCCCAUCACCCUGCAGGAGUACCUGGAGGUGAAGAAGGCCCUGGCCUCCUCGGAAGCAAAGGUCCAGCAGCUGAUGAAGGUCAACAACAACCUGAGCGAGGAGCUCCGGCGGCUCCAGAAGGAGAUCACACGGAUGCAGACAGAGAACAGUGCGCUGCGGGGGGGCCAGCAGGCUGGGGGGGCAGCUGGCCAUGGGGUAGGGGGGCCUGGUGGAGGAGGAGGUGGAGGGGGAGGAGGCCACUGGCAAGGGGUCGGGAUGAGAGGAGGAGUAGGCGGAGGGGGUCUUGGAGGGUUUGGGCAAGGAGCGGACCCCCCGGGGCUGUCGGUGCCCUCCUCGCUCGCCCCCCACUCCCAUCCCCACCGAAGGGACCGCCAGGCCUUCUCAAUGUACGAGCCAGGGGCGGCCCCCGGCCCCACGGCCCAUGGUCCCCCAGUCCUGGACUCCCUGGCAGCCCGCCUGCAGCCCCUCAACACACCCAGCGUACGAAAGGGUGGUACAGGGGGUCCAGCGCCAUAUGGUGGCCAUCAUCUGUCUGGGUCUACUGAGAUGGGCAGAUAUAUGGUUCAUAAAGCAGAGAAGCACGGCAGUGGCACUGACAGCGACUAUGACAACACACAAACAUACGACCUCUCGCUAAGUAUGGGCCGCAGCAGUGAGGAGGAAGGUCGUGGGGAGUCUGAGGAGGGAGGAGGUGGGGAUCCGGGGGAGCCAGACCCCACCCUGCCCUGCACAGAGGAUGUCAUACUGAAGACUGAGCAGGUGACCAAGAACAUCCAGGAGCUGCUCAGGGCCGCUCAGGAGUUCAAACACGACAGCUUUGUUCCAUGUUCUGAGAAGAUCCAUUCUGCUGUCACUGAGAUGGCAUCGCUCUUCCCCAAACGCCCAGCAUUGGAUGCAGUCCACUGUUCCCUCCGCCUGUUGGCUUCCAGUGCCUCCCGGUUGCAGGUGGAGUGCCGCAAGGCGGCACCCUUGGAGCCCGGGGGCCCUGCGGUGGACUACCAACUCCUCACUCAGCAGGUCAUCCAGUGCGCCUACGACAUUGCCAAGGCUGCCAAGCAACUGGUCACCAUCACCACUCGUGAGAAGAAACAGUGACCCAACAAAUGCAUGGAUGGAUGGAUGGAGAGAGAAGAGGGAGAGAGAACAGAUCAAUGCAUGGGUGGGCUCAGAGGGAUGGGAGGGGCUUCCAGGAGAGGAAGAAAUAGGGAAAAUAUGAUCGCACUAGAGAUGGAUGAUGAGAGUGAUUGGGAGAAUGAGAAGCGCAACGAAGAAAGGAAAAGAUUGGAAUAUGCAUGGAAAAGGAAUCAGAUGAAAGCAAAGGUAAAAGAUUAUUUGGUAGAAACACUACGGAGCAUCGAAAAAAGGAGAAAUUCCACAUGUGGAAGAGAAAGUAGGGAAGGAACCAACAUGGGAGCUACAGCCUGCUGCAACCUUAAUAAACUGUUGGAAUCAGAUGUGUAAAAUAAACCGCUUAAACUGUGAUAAGCAUACAAUGGUGGCGAUGUACAGCGAACUGGAUCCGGAGACGCUUUAUUUAUUCUCACCUGUCACUCGUCAUCCUCCUCCUCUCUGUUUACCUGAACGAGGGAGUGAGGAAGUGUACGCUGCAAGAGAGACCAACCACGUCAUACUCCAUGCCAUCUCCGUCCCUCCGUCCUGUGAAGCCAGGACGUUCUCUCCUCUGCUCCUCUCUCUCCAACCAGACACAAGGCCCCUCUGUUUCCUAUCCCGUCCCAGACAGGAUGCGCUCGUGGUGCAGAGAGGGACCCUCUGGGACCCAUCCAGCACCCGUCUCCAUACCCCACCCAGGUUCUCAGAUGCUUCCUCCUGGGUUAGCUUUUAGCAGGGGGCUCCAGCUUCUCUCUGACCCGUCACCCCCUGUUGUUGGUGGUACACAGCAUGAUCUGGCAUGUUUUAAUUUCUUUCCUCUCUCUCUUCUUUUUCUUUUCUUUUCUUUUUUUUAAUACGCAGAUUGGUUUGGUCUGCACCUCUGAGGACAAAAAUGACACAAACAAAACACUUACACUGGAAUAAUUGUGACUUAUUGUUGUUGUUUAUCAUUCUUUUUUUGUAUUGAUAUUUUUACUGACUGUCAUCUUGAUUUAACUGUUUAUGUAUGUUUAUUUUAUUGUCUCAAAUAUGAUUCUCAUUUAGUGGAAUAGGGAGAGAGGUGGAAGUAUGUGCUCUACUGGGAUUUAAGUAAACAUGCACACACACACACAUAUAACAGAAAUAACCUGUGAAAUGGUCCUCAACAUUUCUCAAGCACGCCCACUUACUGGGUGAAAAUUGAAGUUUUUUUUUCAUGUUGUGAUGUGUCCUGUGUCCAAGGGGCUAGUUAACAGUUGCCAAAGGCGGAGAGGGUGUGAGGGGAGAUUGUUUUUUUUGUUUUUAUAUUUUCUGUCAGACCGAAAGCCCCUUGGUGCAAUAUGACAGGACCUGGAUCAAAAUGCUCUCUCAUGUGUCCUCAGCUGUCUUUUUUGGGCUUGACUUGCCUCAUUUAACAGAGCCAGUGUCAAUCAUCUCAGAAUCAAUCCCAUAUUCACUUUUGAGGUGCCAAGCAGGAACCAUUUGGUCCAGUGUGUGUCCAGCAAUAUGCUAUUUACAUGGUGGCUGUGCUUGUAUGACACAGCAGCCAUUAUUUGAAUGCAUGCUAACAGUCACAUUGAGUUGAUACACACAUACUGGUAUGUUGCAGCUAAGCUUUAAGAAGUCCUGUGGAAAGCACCAUAUCUAGGAACCUGGAAAGUAAAUAUGAUGAGAGACUCAUUGCAUCAUUUCAUUUGAGAAAAUCUGCAUAUUUGAAAUGGAUCAAACCACCUCAAGUGUGCUUGAUGUACUUCGCCAUGUGGUAUGUUCACUUUUAUAGACUCUGGCAAGCACAAUCAAGCCCACACUCUGUUUUCUGAUUGAUUCUCUGUCACGGCCUGCUGAUCUGGGCCACAGAAGUUGUCACUUCUAGCUCACUGUCUCUGAGCCCUGCUAAUGGGAGACAGAAUUGGGAACAAAGAUGUUUUAUGUUUUGUUUUGUUUUGUUUGUUUGUUUUUUCAAAAAGAGAGCGCACUUAGCCUACUGUAGGUUUAAAGCUUGACGUACUGUGCUGAACAAAUGUGGUCAUAUCUGUAACAAACAAAAGAUGCAGAUGGGAUCCAACAAGUCUUUCCUAGCUGCCAGGAGGACCGUCCUCUUCUAGUUUAGAGUCACCUCAGACCCUGCUCUAACGAUUCUGCUGCUGGUUUCUCAAAGUGUUUGUGGCUUUAAAGUGAUAAUUCACCUCAAAAACACAUAUUUUUCCUCUUGCCUCCAGUGCCUGCUAUGUGUG